AUGGUGAUGAUGAUGUUAGUCAAGACUUGCAAUCUCUUCGCGAAUCAAUCAGAAAGAACUUCACCAACCCUUUUCGUGAACUUGUCGCGAAAGAACUUCACCAACCCUUUUCGUGAACUUGUCGCUAGACUUGAUGACUCUUCCAAAUCUGGUCUUAUGCCUCCUAUUACAUGCUUAGUUUCUGAUAGUUUCAUGUCAGUUACCAUACAAGUUGCUGAAGAACAUGCACUCCCAGUUGUUCUCCUUGUCCCAUCUAGUGCUUGUUCUUUCUUGUCUGCUUUUCACUUUCCUACACUUAUUGAGAAGGGUAUCAUACCACUUAAAGAUGAGAGUUAUCUAACAAAUGGAUAUUUGGACCCUAAAGUUGAUUGGAUUCCAGGUUUGCAAAAUUUUAGACUAAAGGAUCUUCUUGCUUUUAUAAGGACGACAAAUCCUAAUGAUUUGAUGGUAGAAUUUAUCAUUGAAGUAGUAGAUAGAUUUCAAAGAGCCUCGGUUAUUGUUUUCAAUACUUGUAAUGAUCUUGAGAGUGAUGUUAUGAAUGUUGUUCAUUCUAUGUUCCCUUCUCUAUACACUAUUGUCCCUUUUGCUUCUUUUUUAAAUCAAUCUCCACAUAAUCACUUGGCAUCUUUAGAUUCCAAUCUUUGGAAAGAAGACCCCAAAUGCUUUGAAUGGCUUGAUUCGAAAGAACCAGAAUCUAUUGUUUAUGUAAAUUUUGGAAGCACGACAGUUAUGUCUGUAGAAAAACUGUUGGAAUUUGCUUGGGGUUUGGCCAACAGCAAGAAACCAUUUUUGUGGAUCAUUAGGCCUGAUCUUGUCAUCGGCGGUUCAGUAGUUUUUUCAUCUGAGUUUGUGAAUGAAAUUUCAGAUAGAGGGCUGAUCGUUGGUUGGUGUCAACAAGAGAAAGUGUUGAAGCACCCUUCCAUUGGUGGAUUCUUAAUUCAUUGUGGAUGGAACUUAUCGUUUUCACUUUAUGAGCUAUUUGAUAAAGGAUCGACUUUUGGUCACUCUUUUGAUGGCUUUUUCCAUCUCAUGCUUUGGGUCAUUCAAGGUUAUAAAGAGUUAAAUCUCAAAUUAGAGCCUAAGAGGAAAAUACUCAUUCAAGAUUCAUAUGGAAAAAAAAAGAAGAACAAGGCAAUACUCAUUCAACAUCAAUUCAAUUACACCAAGCAAAGUACAAAAAAAAAGGAACAAAUAGCAACUGAAACUUCAUUUUGA